AUGGCUACGGAGUGGCAAAAGCCUUUGGGUGGUGCGCAGCGUUCAGCCAAUUUCUACUCAUUGUUGAAUGUCGAGGACAAUGCGUCCAUCGCCGAGCUUCGAGUUGCUUACCGCCGAGCACUGCUUAAAGCGCAUCCUGACAGAGGCGGGACCUCUGAAGCAUUCCGCCUGGUGAGGCAAGCCUUUGAAGUAUUGUCCAACCCGGCUGAGCGGAAUUUGUAUGACAGAAACUUCGGUGGCCCUGCUGGCAGCGGAAAGGGAGGCCCAAGUAGCAAAUUGAAGCGGCGUCCAUCAACCACGGCUGACGAGAUUGAUCCUCGAAAGGGCAAAGUGACCAGGGAUUCGAAGGAGUCUCUAGCAAAUCUUCACGACGUUUUGCGAGCAAUGGGAAAACCCAUGCGAGACCAAGAGAUCGCUAAGAUGCAGGAAGGUGUGCGGGCUGAGUUGCUGAGGUUCAUGGAGGCUAAGCAGGCCACCAAGCAGGCAGCAAAGUGUGAUGAGCAGCCAGUGUACAGUGUUGGUUCAAGCUCCAUGCGACUUCGAAGUUUUCGAGAUUCAGCCGGACAAGAGAAGUUCAGCGUGCAACUGGAUAUUGAUUGCUUGCGGGCCUACACGAGACAGGCUCCGCUUGAGGCCGCCAUAGAGCACCAACUGGUGCUUUCUGACUUGCAGGAAAAGUUACUGAAGGCUGACGUGUCGCUUUGGAGUCCACCUUUCAGGAUCUGCCAAAUCUUCGACGAUGUUUUGGCUUCUCAUGCGGCGGCCGUCAGCUCACUUGGUCUCAGUCUUUUCCUUCAAACCCGUGCAUCUGAGUGGGUUCCGAACACCUACUGCCUGACGUCGCCUGUUAUAUGCUUCGAUGAGGCGGUGGCGCUUCGUCACCGUCUGAUCACAGCAAGAGCUACAUCUUGGGAUAUGCUGCGGCAGGCCUGGGUUGCACUCCUGCAAACGGGGAAGUACAGCAUGACGGUGCGAGAGGCAUCGCAAUAUGUGGACAAGGCUCGCGAGGAGCUCCUGCAAAGACGCUUGGCCCAGGCCAUCAUGUCCGUCCAGAAAAUGCUGAGCCGUGUGGAGGAACCUUCAGCUGAAGAGCGAAUGCAGAUCGACUGCCAGAAGGGUGGCGAAGGUUCAAGUUCAAUGGGCUUGACUGCUGCAGCAUUGAAAGCACAUGCCGCUGCUUGUGCCACAAAACCCUGCUCUGAGUGGCCUUUCGCGAAUCUUGCGACGAAGUCAGAUCCAACCAGCUGA